AUGUCUGCCAAUAUAGAACAGCGGUGGCGACCUCACGCUCCGGCACCAUUCAAUAAGCCCUCCGCGGACAUCAGGAGCAGCGACGGGACAGAUUUCCGCGUACACAGUGUCAUCAUUGCACAGGCUUCGGCGGUAUUUGCGGGCAUAUUCGCCAACCCGCAGGCAAUCCGGGGCGCAAACGGCGUCGAUGUCAAUGCCGACUACGUCGCUGGCGAGGAUGCAAAAACCCUCGACUCCUUCCUCCGUCUGUGCUACCCCGUCAAGGACCCCGCGGUGGACGACCCCCAGCAACUACGCAAGGUAAUCGCUGCGGCGAUCACGUACGCGAUGGAGAAAGCGGUCGCACUGUUGCGGAAGCAGCUGCGCGCGCUCAUCUGCAUGGACCCCUUCGAAGGAUGGAUCGUUGCGUGUACUCUGAAGCUGGAGGAGGAUGCCCGGAGAGCGGCGCCAAUGGUAGGCUAUCGGCAUUCGCCGCAAAGGGAGGGCGUCUGA